AUGCGGCGCUUCUACCACAUGGUGUUCUGCCGUUUCGCCUUUCUCCCGACCCCAGGCGUCCGUGCUCUCCGGAGGGCGUGGUGGCUAAGCAAAGAAUGGCACUGGAUGGGCAGUGUGCUCUGUCACCCCCCCCUUCCGGCCCCUGCUAGCCGACGAUGCAUUGGUCGAUUUCCUGGGCCGCUCAAGGCAUGGCAAAUCAGUGGUGCUACUCCUCGUUGGAUGGUCCUGACCCCCGGCUCUCCUGGCGCCGACUAUGACCCUGACCUCGUUAAAUCCCUCGUGCAGCUAGCAAACUGGCAGCGCCAUGCUCUGCGGGCCGCACCUUUUUUUUCUGGUGGACUCGGGGAUGGAGGCGUCCAAGACGAUGAUAUUGUACGGAAAGGGUCUGUCUGGAAGAACCGUGCAUCUCCAAACAACAGACAUGCCGCGAUCUAA